CUCCCCUUCUUCUUCCCCUUACCCUGCAACUUGCCAUUCAAUUCCUAAAGCUUUAUUGCAGAGAGAGAGAGAGAGAGAGGAGAGGAGACGUAUCAUUCGAACUCUCGAUCGUUUUUGAUUCAGUUAAGUUACGAGGCAUCGCUUUCCCUCUCACGCUUCAGAUUCAGAUCCCCACGCACCCGGUCCGAUCCUCCCGUACGAGCUUGUGGGGGAUUGAGUUUUCCUCGUUCUUUGUGGCUAUUUUGAUGGGAUUAUAGUUUAUCAUCCUGGUCUAAUUGGAACCUGCAUCAUCAUGGACGCUGACGCUGAUAAAGUUGUACCCGAGAACGGUCAUGAGGCAGUUCAUGAAAAUGGCGCGCAUGAUCAAAUUCUGCUCAGUGCAGAGGAUGAGAGCUUUCUGGACCAAGCUAAUGAGGUUUCAGAUAUCGCUGUUCUAAAUGCGACUCUGGGAAGUAUUAAAUUGGAGGAUCAUGGCAUUGAUGAUAAGUCUUCUCUUGGUGAAUCAAAAGACAAUGAUUGCUCAGGAAUUCCUCAGGAAGGGGAAGAAUCUAAGAAGGUGGAUUCGAGAUCCUCUGAACAUCUGAAGAUUGAAGGCAAUAAAAGAAAUGUGAAACCCCUAAAUUCGAAAGCCACGGCAGCAACUGGGUUAAAGAAGAGUAAGGAUGGAAAAAUUUUAGAAGCAGUUUCUUCCAGCUUUAAUGCAAAGCAGCCCGCCAAAAGCAGAUCAUUCAAUGAUCGGCAAAUUCGGUCCCAUGCAUCCAAGCAAGGGGGAAAACCCGAUGCCGCAGUGUCCGAGGUCUCAAGAGAGCAGAUGAAGCUCAAGCCCCUGAAGAAAGAACCCCCUAAUAAACAGGACGGAGACACUCAAUCUACAGAAAGUCCCACUUCAGAAGAUUCCAAAGCUCGUCGACUAGGUGCCCUCCCCAAUUAUGGAUUCAGUUUCAAGUGUGAUGAGCGUGCUGAGAAACGGAGAGAGUUCUACUCCAAGCUUGAGGAGAAGAUUCAUGCAAAAGAAGUUGAAAAGAGUAAUCUGCAAGCAAAGUCCAAGGAAACUCAAGAAGCUGAGAUCAAGUUGCUCAGGAAAAGUUUGACAUUCAGAGCUACACCUAUGCCUAACUUCUAUCAGGAACCUCCACCACCAAAACCUGAGUUGAAGAAGAUACCCACAACAAGGGCCAAAUCUCCAAAACUUGGCCGAAGGAAGACCUUGGGUGGGGAAGAAUCUGAGGGAAACAGUGGCCGCAACCGCCAAUCGGGCCGGUUAAGCCUAGACAGUGUGGCUCGCAACAACCCAGCCAAAGUACCUUCUCCAGCAAAUCCAAAGAAGCCACUACGAAAAUCGCUACCCAAGUUGCCUUCUGACAAGACCUCACAGCCAGGUGCUUCGGCUAAGACCACCAAUUGCUUGAAAACAGUUGAGAAGGAGGAGGCAGCGUUGAACGGUGCAGGAGCAGAAGAAAAGCUUGCCACCGCUAUGGAGACUAGUGAACCCACUUCUCUUAGUCAGGGACAAGAGCAAGUCCAAGAGGCCGAGCCCACUGAGAAUCAACCUCAUGCAAAUGAUGUGCAAGAAACUAUAACAGUGGAGCAUUAAGUACAGCCCGGGCCCUCAACUUCAUUCUCAUGAGAUAAAGAGAGGUAGCGGUCUCAAACUGUAAGAUAUCAAGCUUCAAGCCCUUAGAUAACGAUGUCUCCCAAGCUGAGUUGUUGUCGUAUGCUCUCUUUUUAAUGCCGCUGGUCACAUAUAAGAUCCCAAAACUGUGUAAGAUACUUGUCGCCGGAUUUCCUGUCAGUCCAUGAAUUUUAUUUUAUUUCAUGUCUACCUUUCAUGUCGUUGACUAUAUGUGAAAAAAUUUUGAGAAAGGAGGGCUGCUCAAUAUUUGAUGGUCCUGUUGUGCUUACAAUCUGUUGUAACAGUUGGGAACGUUAUGACAUUGAUACUGGUUCCCGAUUUGUGCAUAUUCUCUUCCCUGCUUGUCAGCUAUCAAUGGUGAACGUUUCUUUUGACUGGCGAA